CACUACACUCAAACUCAGGCAGUCCCGACCUGACCCUUCAGCACUUGGAAUCCUGAACGAAGCCGGAGACCUUAUAUAAACGCAAAACAUCAACCUCAGCGAUUAUAACUAGCCAUUGCACAGUCGUCGCCUUGACGCUGUACAUAAAUUGGAAAGCCGUCACCAUACUUUUGCACCUAUCCCGCGCUGCAUUAUUCCCAGCUACGCGCUACUGAGGAAGUUGAGCUGUGUGACUCUCUCGCUUCAGGUCCCUUUGGAUGUUCUAGACUUCGGAGGUUAGUGUAUGGAAGUUGUGAGGCGCAAGGUAAGGGAGAUCACUUGCACAUUGCGUCCAGCAGCCAUGCUUUUCCAUGGGAUCUCCGGGGAUCAUAUUCAAGGGAUCAUGGAGGAGAUGGAGAGGAGAUCUAAAACGGAGUCUCGUCUGGUCAAAGGCAUGCACAUCAACGGAAGAGAAAUGCUCCAGAGUAUGCCAUCGGUGAACCAGGAAAAGCCGGCCUUGUGCGCAGGCUGUGGCGGGAAAAUCUCGGACCGAUAUUACUUGCUAGCCGUGGAUAAACAGUGGCAUCUACGGUGUUUGAAGUGCUGCGAGUGUAAACUGGCCCUAGAAUCAGAGCUCACCUGUUUUGCCAAGGAUGGUAGCAUUUACUGCAAAGAGGAUUACUACAGGUUCUCCGUGCAGAGAUGUGCGCGCUGCCACCUCGGAAUCUCGGCCUCAGAAAUGGUCAUGCGCGCCAGGGACUCUGUGUACCACCUGAGUUGCUUCACGUGCACCUCGUGUAGCAAGACCCUGACCACUGGCGACCACUUCGGCAUGAAGGACAACCUGGUGUACUGUAGGGUCCACUUCGAAACCCUUCUACAAGGGGAGUACCACCCCCAGUUAAACUACACAGAAUUGGCUGCCAAAGGUGGAGGAUUGGCGCUGCCAUUUUUCAACGGCACUGGCACGGUUCAGAAAGGAAGGCCGCGAAAGAGAAAGAGUCCGGCCAUGGGCGUUGACAUACCCAAUUACAACUCAGGCUGUAAUGAAAACGAGGCCGAUCACCUGGACCGUGACCAGCAGCCUUACACAUCCUCCCAGAAGACCAAGCGCAUGCGCACGUCCUUCAAGCACAACCAGCUCCGCACCAUGAAGUCCUACUUCGCCAUCAACCACAACCCUGACGCCAAGGACCUCAAACAGCUGGCCCAGAAAACCGGCCUCACCAAGAGAGUCCUGCAGGUUUGGUUCCAAAAUGCAAGAGCCAAAUUCAGAAGGAACGUUUUGCGACAGGAGAACGGGGGCGUUGAUAAGGCCGACGGCACGUCGCUCCCGCCUGCCUCGUCAGACAGCGGCGCGCUCACCCCGCCCGGCACCGCCACCACACUAGCAGACCUGACCAAUCCCUCUAUUGCAGUCGCGGCAUCCGUGACCUCUAGUCUGGACAGUCACGAAUCCGGGAGCUCACCACAAACUACCUUAACGAGCCUUUUCUAACACACACACACCCUCGCCCCUCCUCCCAUCACCUUUUCUAAAACAAACAGAGACAAAUUCUUGGAAGAGCAGAUAAAUGCCAUCGAACCCAAACCUGAUCUAUAGCACUUGCAAAGGUUCAGCUGAUGAGUCUGCAAACUAUAUGUGCUCAGAGACUUUGGAGGUUUGACACUUGCUGAGGGAUUGUGACUUCCAAUCUGGCUUUUGAAAGACAAAACCUAAAAAGGUAGAUAUCUUCAAAAUUAAGAUACAAUAGUUGAAGGAUUCUUUUUUAUUUAAUGUUAAUCUACUGAGUGACAGUGUCUACUAGACAUCCUGAAAUUAUUAUAAUAUUUCUUCCUUAGUAUAUAUUUAUAUUGUACCCACAAAAGAGAUCUUUAUAUGCACUAUAUCAGACCCAUCAUUUUAAACAUAUUUUAAUAUUUUGAAAGGGAAAAUAUGUAAAAUAUAGAUUUGUAAAGUAGACCUCAGUGAAGCCUUUCAGUACAUAGUCUCUUUCUUGAAUUGGAUUGGACUGGAUUUGAUUGUAUUUUCAGAUGGACUUUCUGUUGGACUGUUAAACUCAAAUUAUUGUCCAUAUCUCAAUGUAAACUACUGAAAUUGUAAUUGUCAUGCCAUAUAUUAUUAGAGUACAUUCAGAUUAAUUUCCCCAAUAGUUACAUUUUUUAAAUUAAAUGUAAUAACCAAAAUAUCAGCCAAUCCUAAUGUUAAACUCAGAUGUCGAGUGAAAGCUAAACUCAGUAUCUCUUUCUGCUUUGGCGCACUGCUCGGCUAAAAUAUAAAGCCAAAAAAAUACAGCUCUGUACAGCGGUAACUAUUCUGCAGGCAUCAAACUUUCUUUCAGACCAGAUCUGGCUUGGUUAGAACUACAAAGCAAAUUAUUAUGAAAGAAUCAUUUUAAUUUGGGGUCUUAUAAGACUAAUCUUAACAUGAUCAAUCCAACAAUAUUGCACUUUUUGAAAUAUUAAGCCCCCAUUACAUAACGCAAAUGUAGAGAGAAGUCUUAAAUUUCUUACGGACAGUACACUGCCUAGUUGAAAGUGCAUUAUUAUCAUGUUGCUCAGGGUGAUAGUGUAGGUAAUAACACAAAAAGGUGAUGGAGAAGCUGUGUGUUUGUAGACCACAGAGCUGAGGAAAUCAGAAUUGUCAAUUAAAAAGAAAAAAACAUAUUUAAGUGUUUUUUUGUUUUCUUACCAGCUAUUUUAAUUGUAUUUAAUUUCAUUUUUAUGGACACUUGCCACUGGACAAAUUUGGUCUCUUAUGGUCAUAGUUGGGGUUAAGAAACAUUUAAUUCUAAGUAAACAUCAAAGUUUGUUCUUUUGAAGAACAACAUGGUACUAAAGGUCUGCUUUAUCAAGUAGAUAACUAACUCAGUUUAAUUACGUGCCUUAUGAUAUAACUCGGAGGAAAGUUUGUGAAAUUCAGGAUAUGUGUUGUUUGCUACCUGACUCACACCCUUCUAAUGCCUGGCUAAUUUUGUACUGUUAUAUCUAAUUUCUGAAGAUCUUUUUAUGGUACAUCCUCUCUAAAAGGGACAGCAACACAGAAGAGUUCCACACUCUCAGAUGAUAGCUGUUCAUUCAAGAAUCUUAAUGAUUUUUGUGUUUAUAGUACAGUGUGUCCUAUCAAAGCUGUCCAUGUAUCUUUGUUUCAUGAUACAGAUGAUGUACAGAAACUAUUACCCCCUUAAAUAUUUAUGGACCAAAUGGUUGUUACAUAUCUUAUUAAAUUUGUGUGAAUAAAGUACUUUGCUUUAAAUGAG